AUGAGUCAGGAAAAACCACAGCGACCACAAUCUCAAGAAGAGCCACAAGAGCCCAUCAAGUACGGCGACGUCUUCAACAUCUCCGGCGAGUUGGCCGAAAAACCCAUCACUCCACAAGAUGCAGCCGACAUGCAAGCCGCCGAGAACUUGGUUCUUGGGGAGACUCAGAAAGGCGGUCCAGCUGCCGUCAUGCAGUCGUCCGCCGCCGUCAACAACAACCGUGGCCUUGUUGGCCUCUACGAUUUUAGUGACCCGGGCAUCGCCAUCUCCGACACCGAAUACGCCGGGCACCGAAUCGUGACCGAGUCCGUCGGUGGAGAGGUUCUGGGACAGUAUGUCCGAACGAACUUGGCUUCUUCUCUGGCUCCGGCGAACUUAGGCGAUGACGCAAUUACAGUAGGAGAAGCGUUGGAGGCAAGUGCGUUGUCAGCAGGUGGAAAACCGGUGGACGAGGGUGAUGCAGCGGCGAUACAGGCAGCUGAAGUCAGAGCAACCGGACGUAUGCAGGCGGUUCCGGGAGGUGUAGCUGCGAAAGCUCAGGCAGCCGCCGCCCAGAAUGAUGCGACAUCACUGCUGCCGAAAGACAAGCCGGCAACAAGGGUGGAUGCUGAAGGGGUGAUAGCGGCGGAGAUACGUAACAAACCGGAUUUGGCGACUUAUCCUGGUGGUGUAGCUUCGGCGGUAGAUGCGGCGGCAAAGAUCAACCAACAGAAAUGA